GGAUUCGAGGCCCGCAGGGUGGUCCAGGCCCGACGUCCGCUAACUCGCCAGGAGCGCCGGCUGAAGCCGACGAAGCCAUCACCGCGAACUACUGAACAAACUCAGGGGAGAUCCGGGAGAACCUGCACGUUCUCGGCAGCCCCCCUUCUCCCCCGCCCCAGCACGUGCUGGUUGGUGGGCCCGUUUCCACCACAGCCCCGGGGGUCUCAGGCGCUGGAGGCCAGGAUGCCCUAAAUGGGCAGAGGAAGUUCCUCCUCCGAACAAGACGCGGUCGGGCUCCCAGCCCUGCUGCUUCAGUGCUUCUCCCUUUGUGUUCAGGGCUUCCCUUUUAGCGUUUUCUGAUUAAAAAGAAUCAAAAGCAACCGCUCCGAUUCUGCACAGGCCAUGGUCUGGAAAUCAGUGCCCGAAUUCAGGAAAAGCCGUAGCUUGAGGGGAGCGUGAAAAAGUGAAAGGUCUUUUCUCCGCAGUUUCCCAGAAGGUUGCUGUAGCUUUGGAUAGACUCUAGGUCCACAGAAAGAUGACAGAAAGUAAUGGAAAGGAAAAAGCUAAAUGGAUUACAACUAUAAUUAUGAGCUCAUCUCUUCAGAGUCAUGAAGUUGCAGCUAUCUUAAAAAAUGAGAAUCACAAAAUUCGUUAUUCAAAUUCAGUAGAACCUGGAUCCAUUAUUUUUUCUCUUUCUGGGGUUGCGUUUUUACUGCUCGACGCCCAGGACUGUUUGAUGACAUCUGAGGAAACCCUUUGGGCCCAGAUUGAGAAGUUCAUGAAGAUCCACCGGAACAGCUUUUUGGCCCUCCCGGCAGCCCUCCACGGCCCCGCAGAAUGGAAGCUGAUGUACAGGAUCCAGCAGAGAUUCCUGGGUGAUAAUUUACGUGUUGUCCCAGUCCACAACCCAUUAGAGGCCGUCAGACUUAUGACCACCAUCGCCAAGAGCACUGGCAAACCACAUACUGACAACAUUCAGUACAGAAUGAUUGUGGCCAAAGCCCAAAUUAUAGAGCAAAGUCCUGUUUGGAAAAGACUUCAGAAGAUACAACUGGGCUGUGAUCCCCUUAAUAUGAAUUAGUGGUGUUAUUAAAACUUGGCUAUUUGUUUUCUUCAAAGCGAAGUUCAUCUCAUUUUGUUCACAUAAAAAUAGUGACCUAA